AUGUUUUCCGCAAAGAAUUUCGUCCUUGUCUUCCUGCUCGUCGCUGUUGUGAUGGCGACGGAGCCGUCGGCUCAAGUAAUCCGUCGCCUGUGCGGCAAGAAGUUGUUCAAAAAGGUCGUCGAGGUCUGCGGAGUCCGGCUCUGUACAUCUACAGGUGAACAAAACUUGGUCUACGUAGUAGCAUAACCCUUUUUACUUUUAGACGAGCAUAUCGCAGUCAAGGCCUGCACUUACGGAUUUUCGGACGACGGCCUGCGCACCAAAUGCUGCCCCUAA